CGUCACAAUUGUCCUUGCCAGUUGCAAUUUAUUAAUUACUAUUUGGUAUCUUAGUACUAAAAUGUCAUGGAAUUUGGGUGUACAGUACAGUGGAUGCUUUGUAUUGUAGCAUCUUCUUUAUAUUUAAAGAUUCAAGCUCGUUAAUGGCACCUUUGUCAGCAGGUUUAGGUGGUGGAUUGGGCAGCUUUAUUUUGUAUUAUCUGUUCAUAAUAUAAUUUGUUUAUACAGAUGCCUUCUGACUGUCAUUUGUUUUGCGCGCUUCAAGCUUUGCCUUUCCAAUGGCGAACAUGUGCGACUAUUCUUGUCGACCUUGUGGGAAAUACAAUCCGAGUGGAUUUCAAUUUUUAAUUCUCAGCUUUAUCCGUUUUGCUCCGCAACUUGAAAUUAAACAAUUUAAUCUAUGAAAUAUCUAUUUUUUCUUGCGGAAGUGAGGAUGCCUGCCAUGUGAAUUCUGAUUCCAAUGAAGCCCAAAUAAGUAUUCUUGUAUUUCCAAAAGGAAUGGCUGUUCCCUGUGUGGAUGAUUUGCUGUAAGGCAUUAGCUGAAUGCUAGGAAACUUCCCAACUAAACAAGAGCAAACUGUAAUUAAAAGCAGUGUUUGUGCUAAAAUGUUUGCAGACUGAUUUAGGGGAAGCCAUGUGUGAGAUUACCUUGAUUUGUUUUCUGAUAUUGUUGUUAGGUUCCGCUGGCGCGAAUCAGAUCUCGGCGGCGGCGGCGGCGGAAACCCUACAGGGAAAUUGUCCAUUAAAUGUGAGUUACUUGUCUUCUCAUCCAUGGAUCGUACAGAAAUGUAAGGAAGGAACGCACUGCUGCGAGGCCAUUGAUGUUUUAAUGCGGAUCCUGCUUUUUUCAUGGAUGCACAGAACCGGCUCAUUUCUUUUACAGGACAUUCAGACUUCCAGAGCAUGCAUGGCCGCCAUACAAAGCCAAAUGGAGUCCCAAGGAGUGGCCAGACAAAAUAAUGUGUUCAAUGGCUGCAAAAUUCAGCCGCAAGAUUAUGUCAAUGGCCCUACACCCUGUCACAGUAUUCAGAACAAAAAUUCCUUUGAAAAUGCCGUCAAUACUUCCGAAAUCAAGAGAUCCUGCGACGGUGACAAGAACCGAUUUUUCUGUCACGUCUGCCUACGAGCCAUGGUGAGAGUUCUCCGUCAAUUGAUGGAAAAAGACGGAAAGGCGACGAAUAACUGCGAGCUCUUUGUGAUUAUUUAUGUUGGGGGCGCCAUUAAUGGCUACGAAGGUCUUGGCCCGGAUGCAGCUUAUUGUCUUCUCAGCGCGCAGCAUUUGCCGGAUUUGGCAUCCGUGGGCGCAGGUGCAUCCAUGGGCGCAGGUUCGAAUCCCAGGGAGAGAAGUUCCCGCAGCAAGAAGAAAAUAACCCUAGCGCUUAAGGUUUUACUUCCGGCGGCGGCUAUCUUAACAUUCAUCAGUCUCUAUAUCGCAAAGCGUAAAUUUUGCGGCGGCAGACUGAAACGACUUGUUCUGAGUCGCAGAGAAUCGCAGCUGCUGCGGGAGAGUGUCGAUCUCACGACCGGUCUGCUGUUCUUCCGCUACUCCGAUCUCCGGCAAUCGACGGGAAAUUUCGCGGCAGCUAACGUGAUCGGCGAAGGCGGUUUCGGAACGGUUUUCCGGGGAACUCUUCCCGACGGCUCACAGAUCGCCGUGAAAAGAUUCAACGACCUGACGACCGCCGGCGACGAGGUGUUUAAACACGAGGCCCACGUCAUCAGCAGCGUAAAGCACCGGAACUUGCUGCCCCUCAAGGGCUACUGCAUCCACGUCAGCACCCGUGGGCACGGGCACCAACAUUUUCUGGUCUACGACCUCAUGCCCAACGGGAGCCUGGCAGAUUAUUUGUUCCGACGUGGCGGAAAUAAGCCCCUGCUGACGUGGCCUCAACGGCACCGGAUCGCUAUCGGAAUUGCACGUGGGCUCGCUUAUUUGCACGGCGACGCAAAGCCGGCGAUAAUUCACCGGGACGUGAAAGCCGCAAAUGUACUGCUGGACGCUGAUCUGAAUGCCCUCGUGGCAGAUUUUGGGUUAGCCAGAUUUAAGGAAGAGGAAUCAAAUAAGACGCAUUAUACUACAAGGGCUGUGGGAACACUGGGCUACGUGGCACCUGAAUAUGCUCUGUAUGGUCAUUUGACAGAUAAGAGUGAUGUUUAUAGCUUUGGGAUUUUGCUGCUUGAGCUGCUGAGUGGGCGCAGGGCUUUGGAUAUAGCUGGCCCGGAAAGCCACGUGUUGUCCGAGUGGGCGUAUGAGCUGGCACAGGGGGGACGCGUGGAGGAGGUGAUUGAGGAGACAAUACGAGAGGAGGAGAGCGAGGGGAAAGAGAUGAUGGAGCGGGUGGUUUUUCUGGCAUUGCAGUGUGCUGAUGCCAGGUCAGCAUGUAGGCCGUCGAUUCAGCAGGCUUUGUCCAUGUUGGAGUCCACUGAUCGUCCAGAUCAUCCUCUGGUUUUGCCAAACACUCCCUCUGCUUUUUCUAGCAUGCUAAGCCGAUGGGAUUCGCUUGCAUCUUCUGUUGGAACAGAGAGGACCUCUAAUGGAGGAAGUGGGUCAAUGGCAGUUUCGAGUAUAUCCACCAAUUCCUACCAGACUGGAAGGUAAGGGUAGAUUGGGGAGCAUAGAGGAUCAAAACUCGCAGCGGAAGAUCUGAUCUUGAGAGGAGAUUAUAAAAUUUAAUAAGGUUUUGGCGAUGAGGGUUGUAUGUGGCACUUGGAUCCCAAAACUUGUUUUGAACUUGUAGACAUUAUUAAAGAUCUUUCUUUCAUUCAUUCAAUCCUCCCAUCCUCUAGUGUGUCGUCCUUGGAUCCUAUAAGUUCUUUUGAACUUGUGGAUGUUAUUAAAGAUCUUUCAUUGAUUCUUUCAAUCCUCUCAUCCUCAACAUUGCAGGUUGGAAUGGGAUGGUGUGUCAAUUUCUUUGGCGAAACAUGGUACUUGAGCUCAUCUAAAAACAAUUAAUGGACCAUGCAUUUGAACUGUA